AACUGUCUCCCGGAUUGCAGCAACACGAAUUAUUAAGGUGGACAAUCGUACACACACCACAAUGUGCCUGAUAGCUUUGCGUCGUACCACAGGAUUCGAUCACCGUCGGAUGGUCACAAGACGCGACAUCAGAAGAAAAUGACGAUCGGUAUGUAUCGACAGUUGUAAAUGAGUCGAUUACCCUCUAAUCAUGGCGCUAAGGAAAUUCGCCCUUCUGAAGGCCUGCCUGGUCACUCUCGCGCUUUGCACGGUCUACGUCACUCACCGCGCGGUUACCACUAACAGACCUCUAGUCGUGCUCCUCUGGACCACCUGGUGCGGCAAGGAGGACUACCCUUACUUCAAGGAGGACGCGGUCGACGGGACCUGCCCUCACGCGUGCCUCUUCACACGCCAACGGGGCUACCUCGGUUCUAGCCGCGCCCUGCUCUUCCACGGCAAGGACAUUCGACUGGACGACAUGCCCCCGCGUCGGUCCCCGGACCAGAGCUGGAUAUUCUUCAGCCUCGAGCCCCCGACCGCGACCCCGGUGCACGUGCUCCGAAAGCUAGACGGACUGUUCAACGUCACCAUGACGUACAGAACCGACUCGGACAUCACGACGCGGUACGGAUACACGUUCAGAGCCAGGCAGAAGAGGAAGAAGCUUCGGUACGUUAAGCGAUCCUCCGGCGAAGACUCCGAGACCUCCGGAGGUGACCUCGAGAGGACAUCGAGGAAGAGCCGGAAGGCCAUAGCCGCCUGGAUGGUGUCCCACUGCAACACGGACAGCAGGCGAGAGACGUACGUCGAACGGCUCCGCAAGGUCAUCGGAGUGGACGUGUUCGGCAAGUGCGGCGACCUGGUGUGCCAGCCCAAGGCGUCGGACGCCUGCCUCCGGGAGGCGGCCCGGAACUACAGCUUUUAUCUGUCCUUCGAGAACUCCCUGUGCCGCGACUACGUCACGGAGAAGUUCUACCGGCCCCUGCUGUUCGACAUCGUGCCCGUGGUGAUGGGAGGCGCCAACUACUCGACCCUAGCGCCUCCCGGCUCGUACGUGGACGCCCUGGAGUUCGAGUCACCCGAGAGACUGGGCGAGUACUUGGACCAGGUGGCCCGAAGGCCCGAGUGGUACGGCUCGUACUUCCUCUGGAAGGAGCACACCGAGUUGAAGUACGAGAACGCCGCCUGCAAGCUCUGCUCGAAGCUGCACGAGGACGCGGCCUCCGGGAGGAGGUUCACCUACCACCGGUUCCUAGAGUGGUUCCUCGAAGACGCUCACUGCUCCAACUGGGAACAGGUUCUCUCUUGAAACCUUCGUUCGUGACGUCACAGGGGCGGUUACGGCUGUGUGCGUUGCG